CUGUCUUUGAUCUGAGCUGUCUCUGCAUCGCCGGACUGCCGUUGUCGACCGCUUCCGCACGCACGCACGCACGCACGCACGCAUACACAGCUCCCGUCCCGCUCCUGCCCGGUGCCAAAAAGAAAAGUACAGCAACAAGCUCAAAGAUGUCUGCCUGGCGCUCAUUGUCGACCCACCUCAAGGAAAUCCGUCUGCACCUCUCGCAGACCGCUCCUGGAAGCCAGGGCGUGAGGGAGUUUGUCAAGAACACUUAUCCCGCCAUCAAGAGGGAUAACCCUGCCUUCCCCAUUCUCAUCCGAGAGGCUGCCAACGUCGAGGCCCGUGUCUUUGGACGAUAUGCCCUGGGUCUCGAGCGCAAGGUCCAGCUGGAGGGCCUCACCGAGUCCGAGGUGGCCUCGAGAAUCCUGGAGCUUGCCCAGACCAAGCCCAGCGCCACCCAGCACUAAGAAGGCUGUGUCCUAUCGCAUGCAUUCACUCUCUCCCUCGAUUAUCCCGCACCGACCGACACAACCGGGCUCUCGUUCAUCACAAGUAUUCCUCUAGAUACAAUCUAGAUCCGAGAUAAUAUACG